ACAGUCCAGCUACCAUAAAAAAAAAAAGAAAUCUACGAAUCGUGUGUAAGUGCCUAAGCCACGGAUAAAGGCACUUUUCAAAUAGAAAGGGAACACAUGUAUGAAUUCAGAAAUUCUAGCUGAUAUACUGCAAGUAUACAAAGGACGUAUGUGUCAGAUGUCCGACACCGAGUCGUAUUUUGGAUAUUGCCGCGGCUGUCCCCAUUUCCAAACGGAAACCAUCUCUGGACAGCCAGCUUGCGCUAGCUUCAUAAUUCUUUAGGACACGUUUCAUCAUUUAAAAAACAAAUUGAAUGUUGGUUGUGUCAUGAGUCCGGCCGGGUGCUCCCAUGUGAACGGUUAUAAGGUGGACAAUUGGAAACAGAACCUACGAGUCAUUUACCAGUGCUUUGUUUGGAGCGGGAGUGCUGAGACCAGGAGACGAAAGGUGCUUCAGAAUGAUGCGGGAUGGACAGCAUUGGCCAAGUCGUGUAUCUGUCACAUGUGCGGCGCCCACCUGAACCGGCUCCACUCCUGCCUCUACUGCGUCUUCUUUGGCUGCUUCACCAAGAAGCACAUCCACGAGCACGCCAAGAACAAACGCCACAACCUAGCAAUAGACUUAUUAUACGGGGGGAUAUAUUGUUUUGUGUGUCAAGACUACAUAUACGACAAAGACAUGGAACAGAUUGCCAAAGAAGAACAGAGAAAAGCCUGGAAACUGCAAGGUAUAGGUGAGAGGUACACUACGUGGGAGCCUACAAAGAGAGAACUGGAGCUGCUACGACACAAUCCAAAGCGGAGGAAAAUCACUACAAACUGCACCAUAGGUUUACGAGGGCUGAUCAACCUGGGCAACACGUGCUUCAUGAACUGCAUCGUCCAGGCCCUCACACACACCCCCCUGCUGCGGGACUUCUUCCUGUCCGACAGACACAAGUGCGAGAUGCAAUCCAACUCCUGUCUGGUGUGCGAGAUGUCCCAACUCUUUCAGGAGUUCUACUCGGGCCACCGCUCGCCCCACAUUCCCUUCCGCCUGCUGCACCUGGUGUGGACCCACGCGCGCCACCUGGCGGGCUACGAGCAGCAGGACGCCCACGAGUUCCUCAUCGCGGCGCUGGACGUGCUGCACCGACACUGCAAGGGGGACACCACCCGAGACGACAAUGGGAAGAAGGCCAACAAUCCAAACCACUGUAACUGCAUUAUCGACCAAAUCUUCACCGGGGGGCUGCAAUCAGACGUCACCUGUCAAGUCUGCCACGGCGUUUCCACGACGAUAGACCCGUUCUGGGACAUCAGUCUGGACCUGCCGGGCUCCUCCACGCCCUUCUGGCCGCUCAGCCCCGGGGGGGACGGGAGCUCCGUCAACGGGGAGAGCCACCUCCUGGGAGCCACCACCCUCACAGACUGUCUGCGCAGGUUCACCCGGCCGGAGCACCUAGGAAGCAGUGCCAAAAUCAAGUGCGGCGGUUGCCAUAGUUACCAGGAAUCCACCAAACAGCUGACGAUGAAGAAGCUCCCCAUCGUGGCGUGUUUCCACCUCAAACGGUUUGAACACUCUGCUAAGCUGCGGAGGAAGAUCACCACCUACGUGUCUUUCCCUCUGGAGCUGGACAUGACCCCCUUCAUGGCCUCCAGUAAAGAGAGCAGGAUGAACGGCCAGUAUCAGCAAACAGUAGACGUGUUGAACAACGACAAUAAGUAUUCCUUGUUCGCGGUGGUGAACCACCAGGGCACCCUAGAGAGCGGUCAUUACACCAGCUUCAUCCGCCAGCACAAGGACCAGUGGUUCAAGUGUGACGACGCCAUCAUCACCAAGGCCAGCAUCAAGGACGUGCUGGACAGUGAAGGGUAUCUCCUAUUCUAUCACAAACAGUUCCUGGAAUACGAGUAGCCUAAGCAGAUCCCGAUAGAGGAGAGCCUUCUAACUGGAGAGGUGAGGGUGAGGGGGGGGGGGGGAGACGGAGGACGAAAGACGAAGACACAAACCUACCUGAAACUCUGCACACCUGUCUGCUGCCCUGCAUGGACCAGGGAGGACAACCAGACUGAUGAAAUCAUGCAAACGUUCAAACACAGCACUGAGCUACCGGGCAUCUACUUGACAAAGCUGUAAAAGAGGAUUGGAGGAAGAGGAGGGAAGCGGGGGAGGGGGGCGGGGCCAAGGAGCCUCCCUCCCCAUCUCCCCUCCUCCUCCCUGCUGCGGAGCCUAAGAGUGAGUGAUUGACAGUUCAGUGGCGUGGGCACAUGAGGACUGUAACUACAGUAUUGUAUUGAGAUUAGCUUUUCUUUUUUUACCUGUAUUUUCUCUCCCCCCCCCCCCCCAUGGUGCUCUGGUAUCAACUGACCAAGCAUUUACCAAGUCACAAUGGAGGAAGGACUGUUUGUUGUCAUAUGCAUAUGGAACUGAAUGCAAAAAAAAAAAAAAAAAAUGAAAUGAAAAAAAUAUAUACAAAACGUAAAAAGUAUGGUAUUAUAAACUUUGCAAGGAGUUUCUUUUUUUUUAAGAUAUGGUUAUGAUUCUUAUCAUUUGUGAACUUAGUUAGGAAUACUGUAUGAAUCUAGUAUAUAUCUAUAUUUUUCAAAAGAGGAUAAUCGGCACGUAGGCAGAGCGGAGAGAGACACCAUCCAUGCUGCUGGCCGAGGAAGCGCUACCAUGGAAACUAAGUGGACUCGGAUUGGACCUGAGCGUGCACACGUUCCACCAUUUUCUGGUGCCGUUUCAUUUUGGUUGAGGGCAGGGAAUAUCUAUUUUUUUAGCAAUUCAUUGAAUUCUUGUUUGUGUUUUUUUUGUUUUUGUUAUUUUUUUGCAGUGCAGUCAUGUCCUUGCUGUCAUGGUACUGAACGUUUUUGGCCGUAUUAUUCUUUAUUAUUGUGGAAAUGUCGGUAUAAUAAUGAUGAUGGUAAUGGUGGUAAUUAAAUUGGCUCACUCUG